ACUCACCUUCAGCACGGGGUGGCUUUACACGCUGUGGGGUGUCCCUACUUAAAGACACUCCACCCCAAACUCUCUGCCCUGCAGUGGAUGCAGGCACGCAGCAGAAGCCAGGGAGCAAAGUCAGUCACGACCAGGGCCAAAUUAUUUGGGGCCGAAUUCCAGUGUUUACUUUGGCGCGCCGUUGCCACCGACGACCGAACUUUGUGUCCUGGGUAACUUCCGUGCUAUCCCUGAACCCCGGAAGCUCUGUCCCCAACAAAUCGAAGACCAUCUGACGUCGUCCCGCCCUCUACUCUCAACCAUAAGACUGCCCAUCCUCCCAUCAACUCCCAAGGCAAAUGUGAACUUCCUAAAAGUAUCAACAUCGACACGCACGUCGACUGCCCGCCAUCAUGGAUCGCCGAGGAAACGAAUCGCCAAUGGAAUGGGAAUUCGAUAGCAAACCGCCCGUGGACCACACAAGCCCAUAUGCUUCUCUUCUGUCAAAACAACCACCACUAUCUUCGUUCAGUUCACAACCAGCAAAGACUAGCAACCACACGUUCGGAGCCACCACGGCUGCUCCCCGAAGCAACCUUGUCAACGAACACCGUGAUACCCUUAAACCUCCUAAUACAUCGUUCAACCCCCAACUACACAACAAGCCGACGGCGCCCCAGUUCCGAAACCCCGCCUUUACUACACCUCAGAAGCGGCCCGAUGAGCAGACGUUUGAUUCGCCCUCGGAGGCGAGUCCCGCAACGACGGACAUAUCUGAAAUGCCACCCGACACGCCGGAGGCUAUGUUCAAUGACAGUUUCAAGAUUCCGGAUACGGCUUACACACCUCAACCAGCAGGCAAGAUCAUGUUCAGCAGGGCCUACUUUCGAAAUGGGAGGCAGAGGAAGCGGAAACGCCAGCCCGGCGACCGAGACGUCGGAAGCGUACGACAUCGCCUCGACCAUGGAUCCGACGAAUUUGAUAGUGAUUGGGAGGAGGGUGUACGACCAGGAAGGAGGCGAUCCUCGACAGAUAAGAAUGCUAGCCCCGGCUGGCUUACCAGCUUCCUCGACACCAUCAGCAAAUACCCUGCUGCUCCGGCGGUGCUCUCGAGAUGGUUACAAUUCGUCAUCAACACAUUUUUGAUCAGCGUUAUUCUGUUUGCGGUCUUUAGCUGUGUGAUGGCUGUACGCAACGACCUUUCCCGCGCCGCCGACAAGGCUCGGUCGACCCUGAUGCACGAAAUAUCGCAAUGUACAAGCAAUUACCACAAAAACCUAUGCGCUCCCAAGUUAAAUCGGGCGCCGGCUUUGGAGCUGCCGUGCAACGAGUGGGAAGCGUGCAUGAACCAGGACCCGUCGACUGUGAUGAUGACGCAGAUCUCAGCAAGGAAUAUGGCCGAGAUAUUGAAUGAGUUCUUUACUAUCAUAUCCUACAAAACCUGGGGCUUCAUCCUAUCAGCAUUCCUGGUUGCCAUCAUUGGUACCAAUGUAGGAUUUGGCUCCCUACGAGACUCCGGAGCAUUGAGACCAUCCUCUCCCCGGAAACAUGCAGAACCGGCACCAGUAGCAGCGCCGCCGCCGACUCCGGUUCAUCCAAUCUUCAGCACCCCGGCGUUUCACAACCCACAGCAGGCGUACAUCUUUGCGCCCAUCGAAACCCCGAGACGAGCUCGUCAGCAGUUCUUUGACGAGGCGACCGACACUGAUAAUUCCCCCGAUGUGAGGAUGAUGUUGCCUCCGCGAACCCCCCGAAGAAGUCCAAGCAAAGGAGAGAGAAGAAGGGGCUAGGCGUCGUGUCCACGGUUAGAGGGUUAUUGGAUGCUGGACUCAUUUAGGAAUACAUGUCACCAUUAGUUUAAUGUUAGGCUAAGAGGACAAUACUGUUAUGUGUUGUUUCCCCCGCUGUAUCAUACAAUUCCAUACUGGGUAUGUACUUCUUGAAGGGUUAAGCAUCAAUUGCUUUCGGUCCUUCGGUACCGGAAUGUGUAGGCGGCUUGAAUAUUUGAAGUUGAUAUACCAUUAUGUGCUACAACCAAUGAGGGACUGAGGUUGCACCAACUCCACACCUCAACUCUUGAAACGUGUGGAUCUCCG